AAAUUUUCAUUCGCUCGCUGUAGUUCAUUCGUUCGUGUUGUACGCUUGGUUGUCGCAGUGUGACUAGGCAGGUUUUUCUCCUUGCAAAUUUUGGAUUAAAAAGUGCAGUUUUUGGAUUUAAGUUAAAUCGAAUCUCACGCGGAAUAACUGAGUGGUUGUGAGUCACGAUAAUAACUCAGUUUUUGAUAUUUAUUGUCGCAAGAAUCGAAAAACGAACCGACGAAAAAUGAGCGAAGACCACCAAAAUGGCGAUCAUCAGAACGGUCGUGACGACGAGGAGAUUCGAGAACCGGAGCACAUGCGCAAAUUGUUUAUCGGUGGUCUGGACUACCGUACCACUGACGACGUCCUAAAGGCGUACUUUGAAAAGUGGGGCAAAGUGGUAGAUGUCGUGGUGAUGAAAGAUCCAAAAACCAAACGAAGCCGUGGUUUCGGUUUCAUUACCUACUCCAAAUCGUACAUGGUUGACGAAGCGCAGGCUAAGCGCCCGCACAAAAUCGACGGUCGCGUGGUGGAACCGAAGCGGGCUGUCCCCCGACAGGAUAUCAAUCGUCCGGAGGCGGGAGCUUCGGUGAAAAAACUGUUUGUCGGCGGUCUGCGGGACGACUUCGAGGAGGAACAUCUGCGCGAGUAUUUCGGCAAGUUCGGAAACGUUAUCUUGGCCUGCAUCGUUACGGAUAAGGAAAAUGGCAAAAAGCGAGGUUUCGGCUUCGUUGAGUUCGACGAUUACGAUCCCGUGGAUAAGAUUAUUCUCCAAAAGAGCCAUACCAUCCAGAAUAAAAUGCUGGACGUAAAGAAAGCACUGCCGAAACAAGAAAUGGACCGCUACAAGAGCGAUAGCGGUCGUGGUGGCGGCGGUGGUGGUGCCUGGGGAAGUCAACCGCGCGGUGGUGGUCCGUCGCAGGGUUGGGGCCAGUCCGGUGGUCGUGGAGGUGGCGGCUGGGGACAAAGCCAACGUGGUAGCCAGGGCGAAUGGGGCAGUGGUGGAUUCCAGCAGCAGGGUGGCUUCAGCCAAAGCGGCUACGGCAAUGGUGGCGGCUACAACACUGGUGGCGGCAAUUGGAGCCAAGCUGGUAACCCGUGGGAUCACAAUUGUAGCACUCAGGGAGGAUGGGGCCAGCAAGCUGGUGGCUGGGGAAGCCAGGGUGCGGGAGAAUUUGGUAACAGCUUCGGCAAUAACUACCAGCAAGGUUACAAUGCCGGUCCGGUGCGUGCCGGAGGAUACAAUAACCAGAGAUCGGCUCCAUACGGUAUGGAAUCGUAUGAAGGCAAUCAAGGUGGAUUCGGCGGAAGUGGUGGAGGCUAUGGCGCUCCAGGAGGCAACCGUCGGUACUAGACAGGUACCACAGUACAAGUGAGAGGCUGGGAUGCAGGUGUUCAAAGAAAAAAAGUAAAGGUCAGAAUCAGUCGGAGAGAGAUUCAGGCAAACAGAGAAGAAGGUGGUAAAACAGGACAGUGCAAGGAUGAUAUGUUUGAGCAAGGAGCAGAAAGAUGACUGAAGGCAAAACAAAGCAAAUAUAGGCGUGAGAAGUCAAGAAGCGGAAGGAGCAGCAUUCGUAAUUUUAUUAAGCUAACCAAGGAAAUAACACAGUGAAGGAAAAAACUAAGUAUAUAGACAAAUCAUUCAAGAGAAAGAUGCAGUCGGAGGCAAUUUUUAUUGACAGUGAAAGAAUUUUUAAUAAGAAGGGUAAAGUAAGGGCGCGAAAGAGAAGAAAACAGGAUAAUGACGGAAGUCAAUAUAGCAUAAGUUGCUAUCAACGUACAAUAGACUAUUCAUCAUUAGAGAGAGAAAGGUGUGGGAACGCGCAAUCAGGUAGACAUGAUUUCUUUUUGUCUGCGAUGGAAGCCCUUCGCCUUAUCUUCGAGCAUGUUUUCAAUCGCAGAUCUCUAACCCUUAGCUUUCAAACAAUAUUGGAAGACCGUAACCGAGUGUUUUUUUCCUUACACGAAAUGUUAUCGCGAUAAAAACAUUUAAUUUUGAUUAUGGAAAUUACCACUCCGAGGAUAGAUCAUGCAUAACAAUAUAUAUAGAGGCAUAGAUGUACGGCAUAAUUUUAGGUUGUAAGAGAAAUUUAAUUUUUCUCACAAACAUACUGCAACACAGUAGGGAAGGCUUUGCUAAACUGUUUAGAUAAAAUAACAAACUCGUAAGAAUCGUCCAAAAACUUAUAUAUACACACUCAUACAAAGAUUAAUCCGAUUUACUAGAGCAAAAACAGAUGGUAGAACAGAGAAGAGAAGUUGGUUACUAGAAUGAGCACCAGAAACUGAACACAGACUUGUAAAUAUUUUUUUCAAGAUUUAAAAAUGAACUUCUUUUAUAAAAUUUGUAUCUGAGAAUGAAUGCAAUGAGCAUUUUUCUUUCUGAUAACAUAAUUGUCGGAAACCGGCAGCGCCUGUUUUUUUUCUUAUGUGCAACUUGACAACGCAAUUAGGUUUCCUUUCGGUUAAAUUUGCUAUAUCGUCUAUUGUCGACGACUAGUUUUCCGUCCCGAAUAUCCUAUCCACUAUUUUCCUGGAUCCGAAUCCUUUCUAUUGAGUGUAAUAGAAACCUAAACUAAGAAUUUGAUUAGAAGAUAAAUUUCUUUCGCUGCAGUUUCUGAUCUGAAGAAAGUCUAAUUAACAUAAAACAUUUAAUCAAAGUCAAAGGAAUGGAGUAGAGUAAAUCAAGAUAUCUGUACUAAUUAGUAAAGGUAAUAAACAGCAUAAAAUAAAUCGACUAAAUGUUCAAAUCGAA